GAACUUUCAUUUGAUAACACAAUGCUACUGAUAACAAGCCCAAGGAAAGGAAAAAGCGCUUUUAUGGGGUGCCUUUUUCUGCUCCUUGGACUGGCAUCUGGUUAUGUAAUUAAUCCGUAUCUCGAUUCUGAGCUCCUGCCAGAGAAUGUCGUCGAUGAACUACUGGACCUGAUAACUUGUAUUAAUAAAAUAUUGGCGAUUAUUUUUCAGGAUAAAGGAAGAAAGAUCAGUCAUCAGAACCAGCAGUUGUAUCCUGUCGAAAAUUCCAUCUGGCGAACUCCGAAAGAUCUGGGACAAAUCACUGGAGUUGGAGUUGAUCCUGCGGGUAAUCCUGUCAUUUUUCACCGUGCAGACAGAACUUGGGAUUAUGGGAGCUUCGACGAUACGUUUAAAUUCCGCGAAACAUUCAAAGGACCUAUCAAUCAAGACACUGUCCUCACUUUGAACCCAAAAAGCGGCUCGGUGGAGAGUUCAUGGGGCUCGAAUAUGUUCUAUUUACCCCAUGGACUCCACAUCGAUGCUCGCGGUAAUGUGUGGUUGACUGACGUUGCACUGCAUCAAGUAUUCAAAUUCACACCCGGCUCAACAAAUCCCGAUUUAAUCUUAGGCGAAGCAUUAACCCCCGGCUCAGACAAUGAUCAUUUUUGCCAACCAACAUCUGUCGCUAUUGCUAAUACCGGAGAAAUUGUAGUAGCUGAUGGCUACUGUAAUAAUAGAAUUAUUGUUCUUGACCCAUUUGGAAAUAUUAUUAACAUCAUACCGCGACCUGGAGAAUUUGUAGCUCUACGAGUACCACAUGCCUUAACAAUCCUCGAGCAGGGUGACGUCUGCGUAGCAGAUCGUGAGAACAUGAGAGUAAUUUGUAUGUCACUCCGCGAAGGUUUUCCACCAGAUAACGAGCAAGAUAAGCGCGGACCACCCUUAACGCUUCAUGCACCUGAUCUCGGCAGAGUUUUUGCUGUCGCUUCUCAUGGUAACACUCUUUAUGCAGUAAAUGGACCUACUUCACCUAUGAUUCCGGUCAGAGGGUUUAUUAUGGAUCCUAACAGUGAAACUGUUUUUGGACAUUGGGCCCCUACAUCAGGGAUGUUCACACAACCUCACGCAAUGGCAAUUUCACCAAACGCUACCGAACUUUACGUAACAGAAAUAGGACCGAACCGCAUUUGGAAAUUUGACCUCGUUAAAAAUUCAUUACACCAGGAGACGCCUCUAGAAUAA